GUGGACGUGCACCCACUUCCGGGCUCAGACGCCAUUUCUAGCGGUUGCGGGUUCUCACGGGUUGUAGUCUUCGGGACAAUGAGCUAUGACUACCAUCAGAACUGGGGCCGCGAUGCGGGGCCCCGCAGCUCCAGUGGCGGCUAUGGAGGAGGUCAUGGAGGGGGUCACGGGGGAAGCCGGGGCUCUGGAGGUGGCGGCGGCGGAGGUGGUGGUGGUGGCGGCCGGGGCCGGCAUCCCGGGCACCUGAAAGGCCGCGAAAUCGGCCUGUGGUACGCGAAGAAACAGGGGCAGAAGAACAAGGAAGCGGAGAGGCAGGAGAGAGCUGUGGUACACAUGGAUGAACGACGAGAAGAACAAAUUGUGCAGCUACUGAAUUCUGUCCAAGCUAAGAAUGAUAAAGAUUCAGAAGAACAGAUAUCUUGGUUUGCUCCUGAGGAUCAUGGAUAUGGUGCCGAAGUUUCUGCUGAGAACAGAUCAAGCUCAGAGAAGAAGCUUGACAGCCAGGAAAAGAAAUUGAUAAACCCAGAAAAAAGAUCAUUUAGAAUCAGGGACAAGUCAUUUAUUGACCGAGAUUCUGAGUAUCUCUUGCAAGAAAAUGAACCAGAUGUAACCUUAGACCAACAAUUAUUGGAAAAUCUACAAAAGAAAAAAACUGACCCUCGGUAUAUUGAAAUGCAGCAUUUCAGGGAAAAGCUACCUUCAUAUGGAAUGCAAAAGGAAUUGGUAAAUUUAAUUGAUAACCAUCAGGUAACAGUGAUAAGUGGUGAAACUGGUUGUGGAAAAACCACCCAAGUUACUCAGUUUAUUUUGGAUAACUACAUUGAAAGAGGAAAAGGAUCUGAAUGCAGAAUAGUUUGUACUCAACCAAGAAGAAUUAGUGCCAUUUCAGUUGCAGAGAGAGUGGCCGCAGAAAGGGCAGAAUCUUGUGGGAAUGGUAACAGUACCGGAUACCAAAUUCGUCUCCAGAGUCGGUUGCCAAGGAAACAGGGUUCUAUUUUAUACUGUACAACGGGAAUCAUCCUUCAGUGGCUCCAGUCAGACCCGCAUUUGUCCAGUGUUAGUCAUAUUGUGCUUGAUGAAAUCCAUGAAAGAAAUCUGCAGUCAGACGUUUUAAUGACUGUUAUCAAAGAUCUUCUCAAUUUUAGAUCUGACCUCAAAGUAAUAUUGAUGAGUGCAACACUGAAUGCUGAGAAAUUUUCAGAAUAUUUUGGUAACUGUCCAAUGAUACAUAUACCUGGCUUUACUUUUCCGGUUGUGGAAUAUCUCUUGGAAGAUAUAAUUGAAAAAAUAAGAUAUGUUCCAGAACAAAAAGAACGCAGAUCCCAGUUCAAGAGGGGUUUCAUGCAAGGGCAUGUAAAUAGGCAAGAAAAAGAAGAAAAAGAAGCAAUCUAUAAAGAACGCUGGCCAGAUUAUGUAAGAGAACUGCGAAGAAAAUAUUCUGCAAGUACUGUAGAUGUUCUUAUGGAAAUGGUAGAUGAUGAUAAAGUUGAUCUGAAUUUGAUUGCUGCCCUUAUACGACACAUUGUUUUAGAAGAAGAGGAUGGUGCAAUACUGGUCUUUCUGCCAGGCUGGGACAAUAUCAGCACUUUACAUGAUCUCUUGAUGUCACAAGUGAUGUUUAAGUCAGAUAAAUUUCUUAUAAUACCUUUACAUUCACUGAUGCCGACAGUUAACCAGACACAGGUAUUUAAAAGAACUCCUCCUGGUGUUCGGAAAAUAGUAAUUGCUACCAACAUUGCAGAGACUAGCAUUACCAUAGAUGAUGUCGUUUUUGUGAUAGAUGGAGGAAAAAUUAAAGAGACACACUUUGACACUCAGAACAACAUCAGUACAAUGUCUGCUGAGUGGGUUAGUAAAGCUAAUGCCAAACAGAGGAAAGGUCGAGCAGGAAGAGUUCAACCUGGUCAUUGCUAUCACCUGUAUAAUGGUCUCAGAGCAAGUCUUCUAGAUGACUAUCAACUGCCAGAAAUUUUGAGAACUCCUUUGGAAGAACUUUGCUUACAAAUAAAGAUUUUAAGGCUAGGUGGAAUUGCUUAUUUUCUGAGCAGGUUAAUGGAUCCACCAUCAAAUGAAGCAGUGCUGCUCUCCAUACGACACCUGAUGGAACUGAAUGCUUUGGAUAAGCAAGAAGAAUUGACACCUCUUGGAGUCCACUUAGCACGAUUACCAGUCGAGCCACAUAUUGGGAAAAUGAUUCUCUUUGGAGCUCUGUUCUGUUGCUUAGACCCAGUACUCACUAUUGCUGCUAGUCUCAGCUUCAAAGAUCCCUUUGUCAUUCCAUUGGGAAAAGAAAAGAUUGCAGAUGCAAGGAGAAAGGAAUUGGCAAAGGAUACUAGAAGUGACCACCUGACAGUUGUGAAUGCAUUUGAGGGCUGGGAAGAUGCUAGGCGACGUGGUUUCAGAUAUGAAAAGGACUAUUGCUGGGAAUAUUUUCUUUCUUCAAACACACUACAGAUGCUGCAUAACAUGAAAGGACAGUUUGCUGAGCAUCUUCUUGGAGCUGGAUUUGUAAGCAGUAGAAAUCCUAAAGAUCCAAAAUCUAAUAUAAAUUCAGAUAAUGAGAAGAUAAUUAAAGCUGUCAUCUGUGCUGGUCUAUAUCCCAAAGUUGCUAAAAUCCGACUAAAUUUGGGCAAAAAAAGAAAAAUGGUGAAAGUUUACACAAAAACCGAUGGCCUGGUUGCUAUACAUCCUAAAUCUGUCAAUGUGGAACAGACAGACUUUCACUAUAACUGGCUUAUCUAUCACCUGAAGAUGAGAACAAGUAGUAUAUACUUGUAUGACUGCACAGAGGUUUCCCCAUACUGUCUCUUAUUCUUUGGAGGUGAUAUUUCUAUCCAGAAGGAUAAUGAUCAGGAAACUAUUGCUGUUGAUGAAUGGAUCAUCUUUCAGUCUCCAGAAAGAAUUGCCCAUCUUGUUAAGGAAUUAAGAAAGGAACUAGAUACCCUUCUCCAAGAGAAGAUCGAAAGUCCUCAUCCGGUAGACUGGAAGGACAGUAAAUCCAGAGACUGUGCAGUACUCUCAGCUAUUAUAGACUUGAUCAAAUCACAGGAAAAGGCAACAACACCCAGGAACUUUCCACCACGAAUCCAGGAUGGCUAUUACAGCUGACAGCUUUUUUGUAAUGGUCUGAAAAGCCAGGUGGACAGCCAUUUCCAUCACAGUUUAAGUUUGGUCUAGACGCCAAACCCUGGGAUAAAAUUAAUUUUCGUGUAUAAGGUAGAAACCUUGAGUAGGUAGUAAAGACUUCAUGUGCAUGAUUUAAUGAUGUUAUCUGUAGCUACUAUAAAUAUACCAUAAAUAGUGAUAUGUACUCUGGUCAUAUACCCUGUCAUGUCAUGUCCAUCCACACUUUGGGAGUAUUUCUCUCGUAUUUAUUGAUUAUUGUAUCACUUGAAAUAUUCCUUUGUUCAGUUACACAAAAUUAACCUUUGUGCCCAUAAUGACUGAGUAUAGAUCCUGCAAAAAUAAGACGGUUAGCCAUAAAGCCAUGUCAAGUGAGAAUUUGCACACAACCGUAUUUUUUAAAACAAAACUUCGAUCAGAAGUAAAUUAAGUUGUAAUAAAGCCCUGUAUUUAAUAAAAUGUACAAUGUGUAAAUCUUAGCUAAUUGCUUGGCUUGGUUUUUACAUCUCCAAAUAUCACUUGAUUUAUUUGAUGUUUUUAUUUUUUAAAAAUACAUGUGUUACCUUUUUGCAUCAACCUGUGCAGUAUAACCCAGCAAAGAAGAACAGGGGUGAAUAGCCUUACCACCUAGGUCCCAGUCUCAGCUCUGUCACUUAUUUGAUGUCUUUGGCAAGUUAAUUGACCUCUUUCUGAUUCCCUUCCCUUAUCUGUAAAAGGUGAAAAUUUGAAGAUACAGUGUUAAUACAUGUAAAGCACAUAAUCUAGUGCCCAGCACAUGGAGUGUACUUACUGAAUCUUAUUAUUUGUCCCAGACAUAUUUUUUUAAUGUCUAACAAUCCAUUAUACUAUAAAUACUGUUUUCAUUGCUACUUUACCCUCUUAGCCACUGGAAGCUAGUGUGACAACAUGUACUGUGUGGUUUCAUCUCUGUCAGUUGUAGCAAGUACUAUUGGUUGCUGUCCAACAGCAGAUUUGUCCCACUCUCCUUGCUUGCUGCUGCUUAAAGUGUUUCCCCUCUAUGCAACCUUGUGCCCAAGAUUUUUGGACCCUCUUCUCCAAGUGUGAAUUGGGUUGUUCUUAGCCAGUUGUGUGAUCUUGUUCCCCUCAUAAAUAAUUGGUGAGGCAUGUAAGUGUGACCCUUUCCUGGCCAAAGGCUACCUAAAAGCAAUCUGCAAAGGGAUGCCUGAGAAGAUGUUUUCUCACUAAUAAAUAGAUUUAAAGGAGGAAACUCUGCCCUCUUUCUUUGGACAUUGUCUUAUCUAAAUCUGAUACUCAGAACUGCUGCGGCUCAUUUAUAAUCACUGGAGGUUACAGAGCCAUGUACUGAGAUGGACUCAGUUGAAAGAUAAACUGAGUCCUUAAUAAGGAUGGUGAGCUGCAGAAGUAACCAACUCUAGAACUGCCCUUCAUAUGGUUUAUCUUGAUCUAACAUUUCCUUCAUUGUUUAAGCCACUUUUAGUAGGGUGUUUUUAACUUAGCAAAAAGCAUGUUAACUGAAACACAUAAGCUCUCCAUCAUUAAGUGUUACUUGCUGGGGGCUCAUUUUCUGCCAUUUAUUUUGUGAUAUAACAGUUCUGACCCAUGUGUCUUGACUGAAGGUAUAAAAGUAGCAGGGCUGGACAUACUACAAAAAGAAAUUUAGAAAAAGCACACUACUAUACCCUAAAAAAUGCAGAUUUUAUUGUGCCUUCCAAUAAAUGCAUGGAAACCAAAGGAAUAAGAAUAUCAUACAAAGAUGGAUGUAUCAAUAAUGCUAUGACGAUCUGUUAACAAUACUGGUUCGGGUACUGCUCCCAUUUCUGGAAGUGUAUGUCAUUCUGUUAACAAUACUGGUUCGGGUACUGCUCCCAUUUCUGGAAGUGUAUGUCAUCUGUCAGUGCUUACCCAGGUUUGAAUGUACUGUGUGUCUUAACUGUUCCCUUGGCUGAUCUCCCAAAAGUAAGCUGCCUGUCACUGCAUUCCUGUUUUUCCAUGUCACGGUAUUAAAGCAUAUUAAUUUUGACUGUGAAGACCAUUAGGUCAUUUUUACUCUGUACAAGUGUUUUGCUUUUUUAUUUUUUUUUUCCCUGUUGUUACUGUCCAGUUUAAAUUCACAAUCCAUUGGCCAAAAUGAUUUUUGAAAGAAAGGACAUUAAUGAUUCUAUAAGAAAGAAUUGAUUUCGUACUUGCAAAUAAUAUUCUAUCUCCAUAUGAAUGGAAAAAAAAAUGUUCCUAAAGAGUUAUUCAAUAAAUGAGUUAAUUCCCCAGAAUUGAAGCAGUACUGUCACCUCCAGUUUGUCUUUCAAGCUAAUCAAGAUGGAAAUUUUAAUCAAAGGUGCUACUUGUUUCUUUUGUUUACAAAAUAAAUUGGGUAGUUCUGAGUAGAAAAUGAAUUCCAUGUGUAAGAACUGUUGUUCUUUAUAAUAAGACAUUAAAUUAAGAAGGAAAAUGUAUUUGUAUUACCAUUCUGAGCAAUACAGAGUAUAACUCUUAAAAAAACAACUGGAACAGAAGCUUACGGGAAUAAAAGAGAAACCACUGAAUAAUCUUUAAAAAGCUUCUUUGUACAGUGAGUACAUAGGAUGCCUUCCUAUUUCAUUAAUAUGAGCAAAAGCUCUACAUGAAUUUAUACAAACUAUUACAAUUUAUUCUCUAUUGUUACUGCAUUUUUAAAACAGUCUAACCUAAACAUAAAUUAAAAAAAAAAAAA